UAUUUGUGUUUUAUGUAACUUUAAUAGUUAAUUUAAUGGUCUAUUUUGAAUGACUAUGGCCAAUUAACUUUCUUAAUUCCGUAUUAAAGUUAGGACGUUAGCUCUGUUACCCGAGCCAAGAUGAAACUGGAGUUUUCCUAUUUCCAACUUUUUGUACUAAUUGUUUAUUUUAAAUAUGUUAAACUAGUGCCAGACGAAUACUGCCUCUCUCCCCUAAACAAGAGCGACUGCGGGGUCCCUCCAACCCCUGUAUUCGCAUACUACAAGUACGGAUCGAGGUGCGAGAUCGAGUUUUGGCGCGGCUGCCCCACCGAGAACAUGUUUGAAAAUGAGUACCACUGUUCACACUACUGUAUAGGAAAGACGAAGUACUAUGGACGGGAAAGAGGUCUCUGGAAAGGAAGAGACAGUAUUUCCAUAGAAGACUUGAGUUUUAAAGAGCUCGAAGAUAUAAAUAAAAUUCUCCACGAAAUCGACAAAUCAGAAGAAAAAUUGGUUUACAUAAAUCCUGCUCGCAAACCGGCUACUAAAACUACAGUCAAACCCCAAACAGAGGCAACAAAAACUACAGAUAAAAUCAAAACUACAGAUAAAGCUAAAACUACAGAUACAAGCAAAACAGAGCAAACGGAAACUACAGUUGAUGCCAAAACUGAGGAAAUAAAAACUACAGUUGAAACUACAACAGAAGAGGAUGAAUCAGAAGAAGAAUCUGAGGAAGAUGAUGACACUGAAAAGCCUGGAAGAACUAAUGUCACUAUAACACAAGAGCCUGUGACAGGGCCUUAUAUAAACAAACCAACAGCUCUAAAACUAAGACAAAAUAGGAUGAGUACGUAACAAGUUAUUUCAAACAGAUUAUCCCUUUACCAUCAAGACAAAAGUCUAUAAAUGGAAAAUAAAAGUUGUACAUGGGUAAA